AUGACUUCAGCUUCUUUGCGACACGGGCUUGACGACGAAAAGCUGGGGAGCUACCUUCUCCAGUCAGCCAGCCUCCCCGGCCUAAGGCUCCCGGUUGUAACUACCAAGAUCGGCAUUGGACAGAGUAAUCCAACGUACUUCAUUGAUGAUGCUGGAGCCAACCGCUAUAUCCUUCGGAAAAAGCCACAGGGUCAGUCCAUCAGCCCGGUAGCCCAUCAGAUCGACCGCGAAUACAGAGUGCUCAAGGCUCUGGGGUCUGUGGACGGCUUCCCGGUACCCAAGGUGUACGGGUUUCACCGCGACUCCUCAAUCAUUGGUACUCCGUUUUAUGUUAUGGAGUUCGUCAAGGGCAGAAUCAUUACUGAUGUAGAGAUGACGGAUCUCUCCCCCGCUGACAGACGGCAAGCAUGGUUCUCCGCCAUGGAAACUCUUGCUUGGCUUCACUCCCUCGACCCGGACAAGAUUGGGCUCGGGGACUACGGCAAAAAGCAUGGAUUCUACGGUCGACACUGCAUCACCUGGAGUCGCAUUGAGGGUCAACAAGCUCGCGUCAAAGACAAAAAGACCGGCAAGGUUCUCGGCCGUGCUCACGAGAAAUAUGACGGGGUGAUGAAUUACAUCAGAGCCAACCUACCUGGAGAGCGUGCGGCCAUCGUUCAUGGCGACUUCAAGUUUGACAACCUGAUGCUACAUCCUACCGAGCCUAGGGUGGUUGCGAUUCUCGACUGGGAACUGUCCACAAUCGGACACCCGCUUAUGGAUGUCAUCCACUUUUGCAGCCCUUUCCUGGAUGACUACGUCAGAUCAGGGAAACCAACCCCAGGCGCUUCCGCACAAGAUCUCCCGUACAAACCGGAGAACCGAAAGGCUAGUGGAAUGCCAGAACCAUCCGAGCUCUUAGACCGGUACACGAGCAUCGUAGGCUUUGAUUUACGCAACGAUGGAGGGGGCAAAGACUGGCAGAUCGGCACCAUUUUCCAGUUCAUUCGAAGCGCGACCAUUAGUCAUGGCAUUCAAGCCCGCACUAUCCGUGGCCAAGCAAGCAGCGAGUUUGGCCAUUUAUAUUACGAAAAGAAGAAGGCCUAUGGAGACGCGGCUGUCAAGCGGAUGGAGAGGCUCAAAUGGCAGGGGGGUGACAAGUUUAGGCUGUAG